CGAUAGCAAGGUCAACGAAGAAUCGUUACCGACCGGGCGUCAGGUACUUGUACAGAAGUCUCGAUGUUAUUCAACACCCACACCCCCUGUAGAUGUUUCUCGGCCAGAAUCGGAACCAUAGAAUGGUAGAAAUGAACCGAUGUCUGAACCAAGACUCGAGCCUCAGCUCCAAGUUCAUUCACAUACAUGUUCUCCGACUAAAUCACUGUCACCCUUGCUUGAAGACCCUUCCGAAUUGCCAAUUGUACGACUACCACCGCAGAAAAAGAAGCCACUAGCUGAUAAAAAGGCAUCGACUGAUGGAAAGCCACGGGCUGCUGAAAAGCCACUCACAUCCUCAGUACAGGGGGCUCAGUCGCCACGUCUGAACAAGCCUAAGGCCCGUCGUGAGAAUACACCCAAGUCUCAAUCAUAUACUAAAACGCCUACUUCACAGGAGGGUAAAAAGAAAACAAAUCGAGCGGCCAAAUCUCAACCUCACGCCUCUCGAACGGAACGUCUACAAUCUGGAAAUUGGAGAGAACCUAUUCAAAAUAUGGGUAAUCGUACGCGAAACGAUUUAAACUCGGCGAGUCAGACCGUCCAGCAGAAAGAAGCAGAGAAGCCUGAGGAAUUAGGCCAAAAAGGUGAUGCUGAUCGGCAACAAAGCGAUGACAUCCAAGAGAAUACUGACCAAAGGCCUCAUGGUUGCGAAGCAUGUAACGCUCAAGAAAGCAAGAUGACAGAGAGUCAAAAGGAAGAGGAUCCUAUAUUUUUCUCGUUCAAUGUAAAAAUGGCAUAUAACGUACGAGGAAAAGAGACAGAAGAAAUGGAGUUCCAUGCGACCCUCACGCCAAAAGCAAAUGGUACUAUUGGGUGUCAGCUUGAACCUUCCGUUGCUCUAUCAAAAUGGAUGCAAGGGCUGAUGGCAAAAGUGGCUACUGAAUCAAUUAUUGAUUCUUAGAACAUUGGAUAGACAAGAGCGUAAUAAAGAGUUGUAUUUAAUAUUCUGUUUAUUCCUUUGGGUAUUACGCGAUUCGAUAAUGGCGAAUUUAUCUUUUCCGAAAAUAU